AUGCCUUUCUGUUGCAUGCCUUGUCCCCCGCUCCCCCGCAAUUGCCUAGGCUUGCAUUCUUCACUCCGGGCGUGAAGAGCCCGCUGCUCUUUGUAUCGACUCCCGUCUUAGCACGCCUCAGCUGUUCGACUAUUCUGCAAUCCAGGGGUCUCAUUCCCCACAUGAGCACUGCAAGAUCGGUCUAACCAUAUCCAAAGCCUGCCCGCGAUGUUCCUAUCGACGGUGUUCGGUCUCUCGUUCUGUUUCCUAGGGUCUUUACUUGUUUGUUAUCCCGCUCUAUGGAUCGGCGUGAAUGCGUACAUCCCCGCGUCCCCUGUAAACUCUACUGCAGAUCCGAACAAUGGCACAGAGGGUCCUUCGCAUUUGGACUUAAUGUGGCUUGGAGGGAGUUACGGAGAGGACGUCUCGUACCAGUUGGUUGGAGCCAACAGUAGUGGCGUUAGCAAAGGGGCGUUGGUACACUUUUCGGAGGAGCAUCUUGACAAUGAUACUACCACAACUCCUUGGAUUGCCCUGGUCUCGUGUGAUUCCAACGCGACGGAUGCUUCCCAGGAGUUCGACAUAUUCACAGAGGCUCGAGACAGAGGGGCAAUCGCCGCCCUCCUGUAUUCUCUAUACAGCGAGCGAUGUCAGAUUAAUGCCGAAUAUGCGGAUCCUGAGAACUUUGAGCAACUAAUGGACAUUUUCUCAACGCCAUCUUUAAGCUCUUCCCAGUUCAUCGAGUACCAGUACGGGGCCAUCAACGAGACGAAGUUCGGCCACUACGACGCCAAACUCUUGAACGAGUCCGCUGCCCAGAUCAACACCACCAUCGUCAACGGUACUAUUGACUCGAAGGGCUUCAUGUUCGCUACACUUGUCGCCUUCAAUGCCACGGAUCCUGGCACACAGAAUAGCCAACCCGGCAACGGUGACAAUUCUAAUUCAACUUUCGAAGGUAGCAGUGGGCCCAACACAAGCCUGGCGAUGAUCAUUCUGUAUGCAAUUACGGGAUGUGUAUCUGCUCUAUUUUGUGUAGUCAUUGUAUCCGGGGCAAUCCGUGCCAUUCGACAUCCUGAGCGGUAUGGCCCUCGGUCAGGCGAUUCAUCCUUUGGCGGACCUCCAGGCUUUGGUGCGCAAAGUCGGGCUCGUGGUCUUACACGUGCGAUCCUCGACACGUUCCCCGUGGUCAAAUUCGGCAGGCCGGAAGCGACGACGCAACUAAGAAAGGAUGUUGAGAGCGUUCCGGAUCCUAAUGCUGGCAUGCUGGGCACCCAUAUACCUUCCGCCAACCUGGAGAUGAAUGACUUGACAUCGCAGGAUCGAAAAGUUGAACCAGAUGCUGGUUCUCAGAAGCAUGAUGUUGAGGAGGAGGCUAGGGCAGAAGAAAGUCUGGCUCAGGAGGCUGAGCAAUCGAGUGCUCCACCUCGACAGACGACUCUACAGUUUGCCUCACCAACUCCGAUACCUCGACCUCCUCGUCCGAAAGUAGAUACCUCGGUGUCUUCCACGGUGCAUGCGGACGACAGGGACAUCGUACCUGAUGCCAUCGGUCGCGAGACAUGUCCCAUCUGCAUUGUAGACUUUGAAGAAGGAGAUGACUUGCGAGUAUUGCCAUGUGAAGGUCACCAUCGCUUCCAUCAGCAGUGCGUUGACCAAUGGUUGCUGGAACUUUCGGCCAGCUGCCCUAUUUGCCGUCAAGACUUCCACGCGCUGGAGACAAUGAUGGCCAGCGACGUUGGUGAUCAUUUGGAACCGCCCACGCCGCAUGGUUCAGGGCGGCCGGUAUCCACAGCUGGCCAGCGAUUCUCGCGCUAUCUGCGCUUAGCUCGACGGAGACGUGGGCGAAACCGCGAGGGUGUGGCAGCUGGAGAUGACCCGACAAAUCCACCGAUGCCUAUUGCUCCAGAGACCAGCCUGUAAAACACAUUGUACGCCACGUCUUAUAUUCUCCUAUCAUGCAUAUUUCUCUUUUGUCGUUCCGUUUGUCGUCGCAUUGUAUUGCAUGGACACUAUAAUGUACAACUUGCACCAGGGUCAACCUACACACAUGUAUUAUUCUAAUUCAACACCUGCCUUUGGAUUCCUUGUUAUGUCUGUGGGCGCCCCCGGCGGGUCAUUAUAAGGCCUUCGAUGUUAGAUGGGAUUCCUUUUUGGUUGGUUUGGUUUUGUCUGCCACAAAUUGGUACUCCACUGCUGGUUCAACGCGUCACACUGGUUGUGCUCCACUUUCUUAAUGACGCGUUUCGCGUCAUGUUCAUACCGUGCCCGCCGCUCCUCCUCGUCCUCGUCCUCGUCCUCGUCGGCGGGGCGGGAAACGUAUAUAAGGCAUGCCCUUCGUACCCUUCCUCCUCACUCAGUUCCCGCUUUCCACCAUCAUCACAAUCAUACAACUUUCAUCUUUCAUACCUUC